AUGAGCCUGGCAUUCGUGGGAGGGGCCAAGAGCUUUGCCGAUAGCUUUAUGCCCGUCGAGGUCCGCGAGGCGAGCAUCACUUAUAUGCGCAUCGGAGCGUUCAAUGCAUUCAACUCUUUAAUCGAAACGGCUGUUGCAUCGGCUACCAGGGCGCUCGACCGGCCUGACGUCCCGCUGAUUAUAAACUCGGUUAAAUUUGCUGUUAACAUUAUUUUGAACCUGCUGUUCAUUUUUAAGAUCUACGUUGGCUCCCAUGAGCCCAUAGUCAAUAUGCAAGCAGGUAUUCAGCUCGCCUGCAACCUGGCAUCUGCAUUUAUCGGCCUGGUAUACUUUCUUCGGAGGAAUACGGUUUAA